AAAGUAUAUCCCAAGCCAGAUCUUGUCUCCUGUCUGGAAGAAGGCAAAGACCCCUUUGACCAGGGCUCUGUGGAAGGGGAAACACCUGCAGAUAAUGGAAAAGAGAAUAAGAAUUAUGAGGAACCAAAUGUGGCGUCAUGGAAAAUUAUGGAGUUUUUCAUGGAAAAAGAGGAGUUUGGAAGUCAGAAGGGACUGUGGGAGAAAAGGAAAAAUCAGAUGAGAAAUGGGAAGAAAAAGUCCUUUGGCUCUCAGGGAGCUGAUCAGGGGUUUUCUUGUGGUGACAGUUUACAUUCACACCAAAGAUCCCACACAGAAGAGAAAUCAUAUAAACGCAUGGAAUGUGGGGAAAGCUUUAGUAACAGUAGAAAUCUACAUUCACAUUGGACAAUUCAAACAGGGGAGAAACCGUAUAAAUGUAUGGAAUGUGGAAAGACUUUCAGUUGGAAUACAAAAUUACAUCUUCAUCAUAGAACGCAUACAGGGGAGAAACCCUAUAAAUGCAUGGAAUGUGGAAAGAGUUUUUCUCGUGGUGACAGUUUACAUUCACACCAAAGAUCUCACACAGGAGAGAAACCAUAUAAAUGCAUGGAAUGUGGAAGAAGCUUUAGUAGCAGUAGAAAUCUACAUGCACAUCAGAGAAUUCACACAGGGGAGAAACCAUAUAAAUGUAUAGAAUGUGGAAAGAUCUUCUCUCAUAAUCGUUCUCUACGUUCACAUCAAAUGACACAUACUGGGGAGAAACCAUAUAAAUGUAUGGAAUGUGGAAAGAGCUUCAGUCGGAAUGAAACGCUACAUAAACAUCAAAGAAUCCACACAGGGGAGAAACCUUAUAAAUGCAUGGAAUGUGGAAAAAGCUUCUCUCGUAGUGACAGUUUAUAUUCACAUCAAAUAACUCACAGGGGGGAGAAAGCAUAUAAAUGCAUGGAAUGUGGAAAGAGCUUCUCUCACAGUUCAGGUCUACGCUCACAUCAAAGAAGUCACACAGGAGAGAGACCAUAUAAAUGCAUGGAAUGUGGAAAGAGCUUCUCUCAGAAAGAAUCAAAUUCGAAGCGGUUGAAAUAA